AUGGCUUUCGCUUCAUUCCUCGGAAGAGUGCUCUUUGCUUCGGUCUUUAUACUCUCUGCUUACCAAGAAUUUAAUGAAUUUGGAGUUGAUGGUGGGCCUGCAGCGAAAGCCCUCAGACCAAAGUUUGAUGCAUUUACACAUCAUGUGCAUUCUCAAGUUGGCUUUCAACUUUCAGAGAUUGAUACGAAACUUUUGAUUGCUGGGGCUAUUGCUCUGAAGGGCCUUGGAGGAGUACUUUUCAUAUUAGGCAGCUCUUUUGGAGCUCUUCUUUUGCUCCUGCAUCAGCUUAUUGCUACUCCUAUCGUCUAUGAUUUUUACAAUUAUGAGAGUGAGGACAAAGAAUUUACUCAACUUUUCAUCAAAUUUACACAGAAUAUGGCUUUUUUUGGGGCUCUGCUGUUUUUCAUUGGCAUGAAGAACUCCAUCCCUAAAAGGCAACCCAAGAAGGCUCCAAAAACAAAAGCCUAUUAG